CACGGCCUCCGGCGCGAGAGGGCAGUGCCCUCGCGCCAGCUUUCCUCUGCCCUGCGAGCCCAGGCCCAAGGGGGCGCUGAGGACGGGGGGCGGGGUACGGGGAGCGGCCCCAGCCUGACCUGCCCUGUGUGCCCAGGUCUGGACGCCAGCCCCCCGGCCAGCACCCACGAGCUCACCAUUCCCAACGACCUCAUCGGCUGCAUAAUCGGGCGCCAGGGGACCAAGAUCAAUGAGAUCCGGCAGAUGUCCGGGGCGCAGAUCAAGAUCGCCAGCGCCACGGAGGGGUCCUCGGAGCGCCAGGUCACCAUCACCGGGAGCCCCGCGAACAUCAGCCUCGCCCAGUACCUCAUCAACGCCAGACCCACCCCCCUUGAAGAGCUGCACCCCGACAGCCGACUGGCCCUCACUCUUUGA